AUGCGUGAUGUCGCCGAAGCGCGUGCGCCGCUGUCCACAAACGCGUACGGAGACCUGACAGCACGCCGCCAGGCGCGUCCUGGGCAAACCCGAAAGCUAAACCCAGUUCGAGACGGAGCGCAAACGCGAAGACACCGGGCGGCCAGAUCCCAAGUCGACUCGCCGCGUUACGAGAGGGGAGCGGCGACGGAACGGGCACGCUGGAUGCUCGAAGCAGAAUCGGGCGCAUUCACUGGCGCACGGCGUCUGCGCGCUCUCGCAGGAUGGAGCGCCGAGUCCCAGUUGGAACCCGUCCUCAGGCCUUCGAACUUCAAACUUCAGGAUCUGCGUCUAACGUUCAGCGCGGCCACGCCAAACACACGUGUACGAACCAUAGACCUUAUCUCUCAUGUCAGUACCAUCCUCCGCCGUGCCCAUCUUCAAGCUGCUACUGGAUCUCUCCGUUUUGACCGCGCGAGAGGCGCGUGCAAGAAACAUGACGGCAGCACUGACGGCACCGUCUCAAGAACAUCCCGCGCCGCUUCGUUCAUAUCAACCGCGAAACUCAGGCGAACAUACCUAUCUCCUACUCGCUUCGAGGACGGCGACGACGGCGAGGGGAGGGGGGGGAGCACAAGAGACGUACACACCCGUAAUCGCAUCCCCGCGAUGCGCGAUUAUCCAGUCGGCGCGCACGCUUCCGACCCCGCAAAAAGGAAGCCCUCGCCAGGCCCGAGCUCCAGACUCCUCCAGACACGCGCCCCGCCCGCGGAGAGCCAUCCAUUACCACAAAGCUCGUAA